CCGAGCUACUCUCCCAGUCGCCUGAUGAAGCUACUGCAGGCAGCGGAAAAACCAACCUGGAAUUUAUAGAGCGAAUAUUGCAAUCUGGCAAUGCGGAAAUAAAUGGACGUUUCAUGUCACCGAGUUGGCAUUGCACUCCUGGACUGAAGACCUGAGAGUUAGCGCCAGAGAAAAAAGGAUUGCAAUUCAGAGACAUAAUAUUCAACUCUUCUUUUUCUAUUGUUUAUAGCGGUUCUUCGGUGUGUUAUUUAGUUCCAGUGGUAUAUAGCGCCAUACUUUCUGGUGCAUGGACAGACGCACAGAGGAGGAUCUGUUAACCCCUAACCAUACAAAAGUGGGGUUGUAUUUCUUCCGGUGGAUCAAAGUAAAUUACUUUCAAAUCUUGCAUCAACAUGGACGUGUUGGCGAAUUACAGUAUUUUUCAGGAACUCCAACUCGUGCAUGACACUGGCUAUUUCUCUGCAAUGCCUUCGCUGGAGGAGAACUGGCAGCAGAGGACUGGAGGGAAACAGUGAGGCCAGCACAGUUCACAGCUCUGGAGAGCUCUCCCAGGCAGGAGCAAUCAAUCACAGAACGUGUCUGGAGUUGGAGCGGUACCUGCAGACGGAGCCCAAGCGUCUAUCAGAGCUGUUUGACGAGGAGCUCGACUGCCUCCUGACGCCUGCCUUCGUGGAGGGUGCUGACAGUGACCUGAUGGAUCCCCUGGACCCACUCCUCCCCAGCCCCCCUCCCCUCCUCGUCUCCCUCCCCAAGGUCCUACAUGCCCCACACCUCCACAACACCAAGGCCUCUGAAAAAGAGUCUGGAGCAAAGAUCACCAAGGAGGGGAUCAACGGGGUCAACGCUGCCCAGCUGAGUGCCGUCACCUCCCUCACGCCGCCCUCCUCGCCGGAGCUGGGCCGCCACCUGGUCAAGCCCACGCAGACUCUCACCGCUACAGCCGACGGCACGCUCACGCUCAAACUGGUGGCCAAGAAGGUUGGUCUGAACGCAGCCAAGCUGGUGGCCAUGCACGCCACACUACCCUCGCCGCCCAGCAGGGGGGCACACAGUGACAGCGAGCAGGGGUCUGGGUCGCUGGGGGGAGAUAUCCCUGAGAACAAGAAGAGAGUCCAUCGCUGCCAGUUCAACGGCUGCAGAAAGGUUUACACCAAGAGUUCCCAUCUGAAGGCCCACCAGAGAACACACACAGGUGAGAAGCCGUACAAGUGCUCCUGGGAGGGCUGUGAGUGGCGUUUCGCCCGGAGCGAUGAGUUGACAAGGCACUAUCGCAAACACACCGGGGCCAAACCAUUCAAGUGUAACCACUGUGACAGGUGUUUCUCCAGGUCCGAUCACUUGGCGCUGCACAUGAAGAGGCACAUCUAAGAGAGAGGGAGGAGGAGAGCGGGGAAGAAGAGCGAGAGAAGGGAGAUAGGAGAGAAGAAGAAGUAGGCAGGAGGGAACCACACACCAGCUCCAGCUCUCACCAUCCCGAGGCUGCCCCUGCCACCUGAGACCUGACACUAGAAGCAUAGCAUGGGGGAUGACACACUGGACGGAUGUAAGCCACGACCCAGGAUGGACCCAUGGUCAGCCAGGACAGAUGGAGUGAUGGAGGGAAAGAGAAGGAGGAGGAGGAGCUUGUUGUUGUUUUUUAAUUCACACAUCUCUCUUUUAUUGCAUCCUCUGAUUAGCCAUGCCUUGGUCUGAUCCAAGUCUGGUAACUCAGACACUGCCAAACCAAUACGCUGAUCCAGUUACGACCCAUUUACACUCUACUGUUUAUUCUGUGUACAUUUAAACUAUAGAUCGACUUGGGAAAGGAGAUGGUUCACCCAGAAUAAACUGCUAAACUUUGACACGCCAAUCGUCAGUGACUUGCAGAAGCAACGAUGGGCAUCCCAAACCAACAGCAACUAUUGCCCGUUUUAUUCUGGUGUGCUGUUUCCCAAUCCUAUCACAAUGUUUUAGGGGUGUCUCUACCCUCACCAAGCCGUGUGAAAUAACAACAAUGCCAGAAUAGCGAGAAGAGAGAGACCAAUGGAACUAGUGGCCAAUCCGUCAGUGUCGCCCCCUGUCUGUGGGAGGAGGGUCUGACACUUCAGAGAGUGAGCUCUGUGACCCUGAUGCGGACUUCUCAGGCUCUCCUGUAGGAGGCGCUCUGCUCUUUUCUCUCACCUUCACUCCUGCCACCUCACAGGCAACAUCUAACAAAUGCGCAGCGACACUUUCUUGCCUUUGUUUUUUAAAGACAAUGAAUUAUUAUUAUUAAGAAUAAAGGUCUGUUUUCUCUGAAAUGUCUUAAAAAUUCACUGAAGGAAAAAAACUAAAACAGUUUAUGUACAAACGAAGAACAAUGUGCUCAUUCAAGGGAGGAACAACGAAUGAACUUACCCCGACCCGUAUGCACAGGCUGAACUCAGUAGCCGCUAUCUAGCACUGAUAGCUAAGAAGAUGGAAAAACAAAAAAGAAAUCACAUGAACGCUGAAAGAAAAAGGAUUUGUAUUGUUGGCCUGAUAUUAAAGGAAAGGCCGUCUGUUUUCCACUCUGUGUUUUUCUCCGAUGCGAUCCAGCUGAAAACAAACCUUGGCGGGACCUUCGAGGCUUCAUCACCAAGCCAGGACCAGAACAGAACAGAAAACUGGAAAAUGUUUGCUUUGUUUGUGUGGAUUGUGGAACUCCACCAUCUCCCAUAGGAAACCCCUAUCUCCUCCAGGAUGGAGGGGCCUGGGAGGCUGGUCUGCUGUGACCACAUCCCCUAUUUGGGAGACUAGGGACCUGAUAGGCUACUGGACAUGAAUCUGGGUAUUAGAAAGGACAACAUGGCCUCAUCAUCCCAGAGGGACUUGCCUGUUUCGUAUCCACACUGACUUUUUCACUGUUAUCUGUGCUUUUUUUCAUAUAGUACAACAACAACAACAACAACAACAACAACAACAACAAAAAAACUGAAAAAAUAAUACAAAUAAAAAACACCCAAAAAAAUACUACACAAAAAAAACGAUUCCGUCUCUCUAACACCGUACAGGCACGUAGACACACCAACACACAGAACAGUUUGCUCAUGGCUCACACCGUACAGGCACGUAGACACACCAACACACAGAACAGUUUGCUCAUGGCUCACACCGUACAGGCACGUAGACACACCAACACACAGAACAGUUUGCUCAUGGCUCACACCGUACAGGCACGUAGACACACCAACACACAGAACAGUUUGCUCAUGGCUCACACCGUACAGGCACGUAGACACACCAACACACAGAACAGUUUGCUCAUGGCUCACACCGUACAGGCACGUAGACACACCAACACACAGAACAGUUUGCUCAUGGCUCACACCGUACAGGCACGUAGACACACCAACACACAGAACAGUUUGCUCAUGGCUCACACCGUACAGGCACGUAGACACACCAACACACAGAACAGUUUGCUCAUGGCUCACACCGUACAGGCACGUAGACACACCAACACACAGAACAGUUUGCUCAUGGCUCCACUUUGAGAUAAGGAAAAUAUAUGAUUGAGUUAAUGAACAGACUUGGAAAGCAAAACACUGCAUGGCAGCUUCUCACACUCGGAUCGCUUCCCGGAAUCAUUUGUUCUGCUCCAAAUUCUUCACAGUAGGAUUUUUAGCAAUUGUUGUUUUGUAGAUGAAGAUCUGAUUCCGCUGGAGGUAACGGCUUUGAAGUGAGAAAACGAGCUCAUUCUCAUGUUCAAACAAUCUCAGUCUCUGUAUGUUAACAAUCAGCUUCAACAGCAUGGGACCAGAUUCCUCUGCCCCAGGUCUAUGAAGUUUUACAUGAAUACCAAUACCACUGUCACUAUUACUGUACCCACAAACUUCCCCUCUCACAUAAACCCUGGCCUCCUCACAUCAGUUGUAAUGGCUGCUGUAUCAGAAUAGAUGCCAUUACUGUCUCUAUAGUAAUGUGUAUGUUUCAGCCUUGCCAGACUCUCCUAGACGGUCCCAGAACUGCCCUCAUGGGGGCCGGUGGAGCUCAGAACAAUCGAUACCAAAAACCUCCAGCGCGGAACUGCCCUCGAGCCACGGGCAGGGUCUGGCAUAGAACACAGCGGCAUCUGGGAAGCCGACCGUCUCCAUACUAGGCAUCUUAGCACCACCGCGGCAGCUUUCUCUACAAACACAAAACAAGACAAGUCUCUCGACAACAAGACGAUGUAAAACAAGACAAGUCUCUCGACAACAAGACGAUGUAAAACAAGACAAGUCUCUCGACAACAAGACGAUGUAAAACAAGACAAGUCUCUCGACAACAAGACGAUGUAAAACAAGAGAUUGAGAUGAUCUUUGUGUUUUGAUUCCACUUUUUAGUUGGAACUUCUUCCUUGUUGUUUUGUUUUGUGGUUUUAACGCUACAAUUAUUAUUUUUGUUGCCAUGGUGGAUGAUGCAAGGUCAUGCCAAAAUGUAAGAAAUGCAGGGGUGCAGGUUUUGAACAACCCCCCCCCCCCACCUUCUAUGUACAAUCAUGUAGGGUAGGUUUGUGGCACUUCGUGCAGGAUAGGCGAUGGUAUGUCUGAGUCCCAAUGCUAUAGCACGGCACAUCCGUUGGAAACAUUGUGAAUUUAAUUUGCGUUGUGAGAAAAAAUACUACCAGUAGACUGGUGGCCAAACUAACAGUGUGGGAGACUGGGAUUGUACUGUGUGUUGGUUGAUCCAUUCACUUUAUCAGAGCUGUCGAUCUAUCUAGCAAUGGCUGACAAUAUUGCUUUGGUUUUGUUUCUGACGUUUUAUUUUCCCUUCAAACCACUCAAAUCACGUUCAUUUGGGAUCACAGAGCAGAACAAUGGAAAAAAACAACUAGUAAAACUCAAACCAUACGUCAUGCACUUCAAUGGCCCCUCCAAUUGGUUCAGCAAAUGAAAACUCUUAAAACACUCUUAUGUUCUAUCAGAUGUUCACUUCUGGUUGGAGACUUUUCUACAGCUCCCGCUGCAGAAAAGCCUGGAUACAGUAAACAGGAAAUUGAUACAGCAGUCAUGGUCAUUUAGCCCGUAACAGGCCUACAUGCUAAAAAGAUAGCAGCACACAGUUUAAAUAUAUCCAAAUUAGCCCAACUUUAGUCCCCUUGCGUACACACUGACAGAUCUCAAACCCCACUUCAAAUGAAAAGUCCUAUUCUAUUUCUGUCCUGUGGCAUUCCCACCAGAAGUAGCUAGCUAACCCUCUUCCCCUUUCCCUCGCCUGUUAAAACACUGCUUGCUGCCAUGGAGAUGCUCCUAUGUAGUUUCCUGGGCGCUAGUAUCCCACAGCUCUGAUUAGCAUUAGCGCUGCAGGCUGCUCUGUGGAGGCUCCUCUAGUCUCUCCAGUUGCACUCCACUAAUGAGAAAGGCAUUUGGUCACAGGGAAACAGAGGUCUAGGGGGAAAAAACAUAAGGGACCAUGAGCCAAAAUGGUUUCAUUUCAACGGUCCACAGUACUGUUACGAACCCAGUGGGCAAUCUGCCACAGAGAAAACAAGAGUACAUUAGCAGCAGUUUAUCGUAAAGCCAGAAAGUUAUUGAAGUUGAAGAGAUAUUUUUUUGACUAAGAGAAAAAUUGUUUACCCCCGGGAUUAACCAAAUGAUAAUGAAAUUAGCCCUGCUUUUUAUCUCAUGGAUUAGCGAUUUGAAAUGAUAUUUUGAUGAAUCUCUCUCUCUCUCUCUCUCUCUCUCUCUCUCUCUCUCUCUCCCUCUCUCCCUCUCUCCCUCCCUCCCUCCCUCCCUCCCUCUCUCUCUCUACAACCCCACAGUAGUGAUCCAUGCACAAUCAACUGCAGGAAUGCUGGAUACACACCUAUACGCUUCCACCCAAAGAUUUUAGUGAAUUGCUGUGAAUGAAAAUAGAGAGAGAGAAUUAAAUUGUUUUACUGUCCACUACAAUUCCACCAUUAUUGUCCCCCCUCCCCAACCCUGACCCAACUUCUUCCUGCAUUGCAGUCUUGUUUGAUAUUCAGUGUGGCUGAACUCAUUGUCCGUUCAUGGUUGUAAAAUAUGGUUGUGUAGUCUCUUUAGGGUGCCCAAUUCAAGGGUGACUUAACUAGCACCCUACCAAUUCUAAUGUAGACUUAGUUUCCCAUAGCUUAGUACAGUGGAGUGUAAUAUUUCAAACGGUCAUGUCUGAGGUAGAACACCAAGUCUAUGUUAGGUUAAGCGUUUGGAAAACCAUCCCGAGAGCGAUGGUGUCAUACACCUACCUACCUUAAGCGUUCUCCAAACUUGAAGCCUCACACGUUCGGUCCCCAUGAGGUAGGGUGGUCGCUUUGGUGAGGCUUCUGGCAGCUUUGUAGAUACAUCUAGUAAUAGUUAUCCCACUCAGUGGCUUCACAAAGGGUAACAACAAACUUAAGGGGGGUUUUGUUCACUACUAGGCAACAGUGCUUCAGCAUUUAAACACAUACAUACAUCUCACACAAUCGUUUACUGUUCCUGUUCUUCUAGAUUCCCAACCAUUUCACUACAUUGACUUACUGUGCACACUCCAUAGUGCACCUAUUUACUUACUGCUAGUUUAGUCUGUUGGAACACUCAAAUGUCAAAUAUCCACUUAACAUAUUGUGACACUUCCUGAUACACUUAACCACAAGAACCAAUUGGGAGGAGACCAAUUAGAUGGUUUCUUUUUAGAUAUUAGCCAAUCAAACUGAUGGGUAACUACUAUAUUAUGGACCCUCCACUGUCAUCAAAUGGGCAAUAUCAACUGGGCAUGUUCAUUACUGUCUACUUUUUAAAGGAAGGAGAUGUCCUACUUUCAACAGGUGACUACUAUCUUCCUGAACUCAUGGUUCUUGUGGGUGCACCUGCAUCAGGGAGUGAGUCUGUAUCUGCUGUGUUUGUCCAUAUUUAAUGUGUCAGUAUAUAAGGGAUUGACAAAUCUCCCACCCCCUGUGUCUUUCUGUAUCCCUCCACCUCAUCCCCACUUUCCCUUCAACCCCAAUCCUACUCCAACUCUGGGGCCCAGGCAUCAUACUCUGAACAGUACAUAGAUAGAGGAAUAGACCCUGUGGGACUUAGUCCCCCUGAGAUGUUUUGUCCCCUCAGACUUGCUAGUAUCUAGUGCAGAGUACUCUAGAGUUCUAUUGUAUUCCCAAUUCUAAAAUCUAGAGUUCUAUUGUAUUCCCAAUUCUAGAAUCUAGAGUUCUAUUGUAUUCCCAAUUCUAGAAUCUAGAGUUCUCUUCACCCUCUGUCAAGUGGAGAGUUGUGGUUAGAGAGACAGCACCAGGAUGUGCAACUCAGUCAAAGGGCCAGCAAUAGAAAUACAAUUACUAGAACGGACAUCCCUAUUCAAGUCAAGUCAUUCUAUUUCUAUGGGACCACCCACCCAGCCAACAACACACCUCAGUCUGAGAGCAGAGAUAAACCCCAAGGCUUUUCUCAGACUGUCAACAGUACAUCUGAGCCUCCACGUGGUAGUCUAGUCCCAGUCCAGCCUCUACACCUGGUCAGUCUGACAGUGGAACACCUUUCCUAUUGUCACCUCUCUGUCAUUCAUUCCUUCUGCAGGGGCCCCAUAAUGCCAACAACACAAUCACUUCUCCUUCCUACCAGACUCCUCCACUUCUCCAUCCCUCCCUACCUCCCUCACUCCAUAACGCCAACAACACCAUCACUUCUCCUUCCUACCAGACUCCUCCACCUCUGCUUUGCAUCCAUCCCUCCCUCCAUAACCCCAACAACACCAUCAACUCUCCUUCCUUCCAGACUCCUCCACCUCUGCAUCCAUCCCUCCCUCCAUAACCCCAACAACACCAUCACCUCUCCUUCCUUCCAGACUCCUCCACCUCUGCAUCCAUCCCUCCCUCCAUAACCCCAACAACACCAUCACCUCUCCUUUCUACCAGACUCCUCCACCACUCCCUCCAUCCCUCCCUCCCUCCAUAAUGCCAACAACACCAUCACCUCUCCUUCUACCAGACUCCUCCACCACUCCCUCCAUCCCUCCUCCAUCCCUCCAUAAUGCCAACAACACCAUCACCUCUCCUUCCUUCCAGACUCCUCCCUCCAUAAUUCCAACAACACCAUCACCUCUCCUUCCUACCAGACUCCUCCCUCCCUCUAUAAUGCCAACAACACCAUCACCUCUCCUUCCUACCAGACUCCUCCCUCCCUUCAUAAUACCAACAACACCAUCACCUCUCCUUCCUACCAGACUCCUCACUCCCUCCAUAAUCCCAACAACACCAUCACCUCUCCUUCCUACCAGACUCCUCCACCUCUGCUCUGCAUCCAUCCCUCACUCCAUAACACCAGCAGCGCCAUCACCUCUCCUUCCUACCAGACUCCUCCACCACUCCCUCCAUCCCUCCAUAAUGCCAACAACACCAUCAUCUCCCUUUCCUACCAGGCUCCUCUCCAUCCCUCCAUAAUGCCAACAACACCAUCACCUCUCCUUCCUACCAGACUCCCUCCCUCCAUAAUGCCAACAACACCAUCACCUCUCCUUCCUACCAGACUCCCUCCCUCCAUAAUGCCAACAACACCAUCACCUCUCCUUCCUACCAGACUCCCUCCCUCCAUAAUCCCAACAACACCAUCACCUCUCCUUCCUACCAGACUCCUCCACCUCUGCUCUGCAUCCAUCCCUUACUCCAUAACGCCAGCAGCGCCAUCACCUCUCCUUCCUACCAGACUCCUCCACCACUCCCUCCAUCCCUCCAUAAUGCCAACAACACCAUCAUCUCCCUUUCCUACCAGGCUCCUCUCCAUCCCUCCAUAAUGCCAAUAACACCAUCACCUCUCCUUCCUACCAGACUCCCUCCCUCCAUAAUGCCAACAACACCAUCACCUCUCCUUCCUAACAGACUCCCUCCCUCCAUAAUCCCAACAACACCAUCACCUCUCCUUCCUACCAGACUCCUCCACCUCUGCUCUGCAUCCAUCCCUCACUCCAUAACGCCAGCAGCGCCAUCACCUCUCCUUCCUACCAGACUCCUCCACCACUCCCUCCAUCCCUCCAUAAUGCCAACAACACCAUCAUCUCCCUUUCCUACCAGGCUCCUCUCCAUCCCUCCAUAAUGCCAACAACACCAUCACCUCUCCUUCCUACCAGACUCCCUCCCUCCAUAAUGCCAACAACACCAUCACCUCUCCUUUCUGCCAGACUUCUCAGCCUCCACUCCUCCACCUCUCCCUCCCUCCCUCCCUCCCUAAUGCCAACAACACCAUCACCUCUCCUUCCUUCCAGACUCAUCAGCCUCCACUCCUCACCCCUCCCUCUCUCCCUCCUUACCCCUCCUUCUUUCUCUCUGUGUCUCUCCCUCCAUCCCUCCAUUCCUCCACCUCUCCCACCACCCCUCCCUCACUCCCCCCUCCACUUUCCUUCCGCUUGCUCCUGUCAUGGUCAAUUACUUUUUGGUUUUCUCUUGGGUUCUUUAUUUCCUGGUUUACAUUUUUUUUCUGUACAAAGUGUUAAAAAUAUUAUUAUUUGUAUUAUAUGAUGUUAGUAUGGUAAUGUUCUUUAUUAAGGAAGAAGAAAAAUUUAUUUUUGUUACUGGUCUGUUUCAUAAUUCUUUUUUAAAUUGGUAUUGUAAGAUAUCUAUGCAAGAGCUGUUCAGUGGAGCAUUUUUAUUUAAGAAUGUCCUAUGUGUAAUAAAUGGUAGAAUCUG